GUUGGCACCGGAAUGGACAUUAUUACCUAUCAGUAGCUCCAGCAAAGUUUGACCACUUUCAGUUUUUUUUUAAAGAAGUUUACAUUUUUUUUUUAAUUUUCUCUUUGGACAGUCCAUGGGAGGAUCAUCUCCAAACUCCGGCUCCAAUUUCCCCAUCAGCAUGUUGAACCAGCCAGAGUCUAGCGAAAACUUCAGCAAAGAGGCGGACAGGAAUAAAUCCAUGCAAGACUUCCAGGAGCUGAGAUAUGGGAUGCAGGACAGAUUUUACUUAACGGGAGAGCAAUGCCAAAGCACCCCGGACGCUGUCCCUCUCCCGUACCCGAGCCAACACAUCUCGGCCACUGGCAUCGCCGUGGGGAACGCCAGCAGGUAUUUGAGCCCUGCCUUGCCGAACUGCCCUUACCCUGCCAACAGACCGCAGGUCCCCGGAGCACCGAGCUACUCGGCCCCGGGAGCCGAGGUCUAUUCGGCGGGUGCUGACUCCUUCUCGAGCCCGUAUCCUCACUCCUUCCAGCGCACUUCAAUCUACAACGUCCCGGGUUUGCAAGUGUCCGGCAAAGUGCAGAUCCUACUCUGCAACUAUCAGCUCUGGGCUAAAUUUCACAAGCACCAGACGGAGAUGAUCAUCACCAAACAGGGCAGGCGGAUGUUUCCUUUCCUGAGUUUUAACAUCACAGGGCUGGAUCCUUCUGCUCAUUAUAAUAUUUAUGUGGAUGUUGUCCUGGCAGAUCAACAUCAUUGGAGGUACCAGGGAGGAAAGUGGGUACAGUGUGGCAAAGCAGAAGGCAGUAUGCAAGGCAACCGAACGUAUAUCCACCCGGAUUCGCCAAACACCGGAGCACACUGGAUGCGCCAGGAAAUCUCCUUUGGUAAACUCAAGCUGACCAACAAUAAAGGAGCAUCUAACAACGUCACCCAGAUGAUUGUGUUGCAAUCUCUACACAAGUACCAGCCGCGGCUCCACAUAGUGGAAGUGAAGGAAGACGGCACUGAAGACCCAUACCUCACAACAAAAAUGCAAGCCUUCACGUUCCCCGAAACACAAUUCAUCGCAGUUACUGCCUACCAGAAUGCAGAUAUCACACAACUUAAAAUAGACCACAACCCUUUUGCAAAAGGCUUCCGAGACAAUUUUGAUUCAAUGUACAGCAAUUCCGAAGGAGACCGACUAACUCCCUCUCCACCAGACCAGCAAAACUGCCAGCAGUUGGUCCCAGGGACAAGGUACCAGCCUUUCCUACAUGAUCAGUACAUGAAUGCCCUGCCACAGGGUAGGUACUAUAAUGGGGAUCGGACUGUGUCCCACACAUCCAAACACAGGGAAGAUAUUACAAACCCUCACCGAUGGUUCAUGUCGCCAGUACAACAGACCAGCACCAACAGGCUGGAUUUCAGUUCCUACGAUCCAGAAUACACAGGGAAUGCAUUUAUGACUUACAGUAUGAAAGGUUUUCCUCCUCUUCAAGCAACUCCCCAUGCUCUGGGCUACUACCAGGAGCAUCCAUUCAGUUCAGGGAAUGCAUGGGGUGCAAGGGGAGCUUCUCAGUAUCACCACAGCAAGCCUGGCUCUGCACUGACCUGGUACAGACCAGUUGCUGAUACCAGGCCAACGCUGGUCAACAUAGAGGACAAAAGCAAAGAAACAGAGGACUCAUCCUGGCUUGAGCCUCAUUCUGUAAAGUCAGCAGACUCUUCAGAUUCAGGAUUGUAUGAAGUUGAUUGCAAACGGAGGAAAGUGUCUCCUUAUACCUCAAGCACCGAGAACUCUCCCCCCAAUCAGAAUGGUGAGAAGUACGAGAAGGAAAAUGGAAGUGAUACUGGAUACUACAGCUUUUACACCAACUGAAUCGCUUCUAUGGCAGUAUUGGAUAAUUCCCAGGCUUCACAACAUACCAUAUGAUGACAUCUGUGCUGCAAAUGAACUCUGCAUCGAG